AUGGAAAUUAAGCAAGGAGAUUCUAGUAUUGUAGAUUAUGUGAAAAGGUUUGAAAGAGGCAAGUAUUUUGCUCCAAUGAUUACCGGCGACGCUUCCAUGGAGCUUAAUCACUUUCUUGAGGGACUCAAUGCUACAAUCCGUCGGGACGUGAAGCUUAGUAAUCCUUCUUCCAUGAGGGAAACAGUUGAUCGAGCUCUAAUGGCUGAGAAAGACAGCCAAGAUAUUAUUAAGGAGUCUCAGGCCAAGAGGUCAUCUUAUAAUCAAGCUGCUAACUCCCAGCAUUCUCAGCGGCCAAGGAACUUCUACCACAACAACAACAACCAAAGAUUUUCUCAACGACCUCAGCAGGCACAACAAUCAAAGAGGGUUCAACCUGCUAGAUCAGUAUCCUCAGCCAAAUCUUCCAAUACUCCACUUCCAUUAUGUAUCAUUUGUGGGAAGAAUCAUAUAGGGAGUUGUAUGCAAGGGUCUAAUGCUUGUUUAUUAUGUAAGCAGCGAGUGCACAUCCAAAGGGACUGUCCCAAGAAGAAUAAAGUUGCACCAGGGAGGGUUUUUUCAAUGACAAAGGAGGAGGCAGACCCUAAGACUAUGAUCAUCACGGGUAAUCUUCUAAUAGAAAAUAUUUUAACCAACACUUUGAUAGACACUAGAGCAACACAUUCCUUUAUUACUGCAUGUUUUGUUCAAAAAGUUGGUUUAAAACCCGAGGAAUCACUAAUGGCAUAUAACAUAUCACUUCCUUCAGGCUCUCACCUGAAUUCUAAUAAGAUUAUUAAAGCCUGUCCAGUUUAUAAUCAGAACUAUAAGAUGUUAGUAGAUCUUGUGGUAGUAGAUAUGGUAGGAUUUGAUAUGAUCCUAGGUAUGGACUGA